AUGCCCGAGGCGUUGAUGCUUAAGGCAGGGCAAGAGAAGUGCCACUUCCUUGGAAUUUUAGCUGUCGAUGACGUGUAUCGAUUUAAGAGGGUACUGUGUUCGAGCGCCCAAAACUUGAAUAUGGAUGGUGGUUCCAUCAUGUCUCAACUACCAGUUGAGAUUUGGAUCCUAAUCUUCCGCUAUGCCUGCGCCACCCCAUUCGCGCCUUUCACCGAUGAGGCACAUAAUCAUUUGAGCCCAUCGAUAGUGGACAACUUCGAGCUAUUUACGGUCGUAACCCACCCCUUCGAAACAUAUCACGAGUCGGACAACCUUUUCAAGACACUACGGCUCGUGUGCCGGGACUGGGCGUCUCUCGUAGAUUCACUCUCGAUCCGAUAUCUCUUCAUCGUCAUGGAGGACUUUUCAUUCCCUCACUUCAGUGCGAGUAAACUAAUGUCAGUUGAAAGGCUACAUAUAUUGCGACAUUGGGGUGAAGAAUACUGCUUCUGUUCAAGCUGGGUGAAGUGCACUGAUGACAGCUGCCGAUCACUCUAUGACCCAACGGAUCCUUGGGAAGACAGUUGCUGGAAAUUCAAUAAUAAACAGCUAAAACAGAUGUUACGAAAUGUUAAAAUCCUCUUCCUUCGCGACCGGGCAAGUCGAUACGAACGAGUCCUCCAAGCCACUUCAAACAUUCGAGCACUAUACUGGGACUCGCACCCACAUGACCCUGAUCUAUUCUAUUCAUUCGAAUUCACGCAUCUUACACAUCUUGAGCUACGUAAUCUCCGCUGCGCCCAGUUUCUAGAAGGCUACAUCAAUGGGUCCCUCAGUCUACCAUCCGUCCUCUAUCUCAGUCUCCAUUUUGUACUAGGAUUUUCUUCCGACGAUUGGGUUCUAUUAACGAAUGUUAACAAAUCCACAGCAUUUCCUCGUCUAAAGUCCCUCGAGACUACUGGUGACAUCGAAUCCGAAUUUCAAGAGGCGAUGAACAAUUUUCUUCGAGCUUCAGGUCGAACAGUAACGGAAUUCGUCGAGCAUUCCGUUCCUCCAAACUCUUAUCGUGUCUCAAGAACCAUGGAGCACGUCUUCCCAUCCUUGUCCUCUUACUUCCCCAAUCUACGACUAUACGGGAUAAAUCUUGGUGAUCUUCUCUACGAUUCUGACCAUGCACCAGACAUCGCUAUCACUCCCUUCUCACCGAAAGGAGCUUCAUUCACCCUUCUGCUCUACAAUUUCAUUUCAUCCUUCUUUUCCAGGCCGGAAUCAGCAAUCACCUCAUUAUUCAUUAUCAAAGGGCAAUGGAAAGUUACACGUAUUAUGAUGUAUAACAGCUGGGAAGACUUAGAGUCUACCUUAAUGAACUAUUCGGCAGAUAUUCUUCCGAACGUCCUAUCCUGGAUCCAGACAUUUCUCCAAGGUCUGGCUGGAUCUGUCGAAUUCUGCGACCGAGAGGAGGUUUCGCUGC